AUGUUCGAUCGUGUGCGAAGCCAAAGCACCAGCAGAGAUGCUGAAGCGCCUGGAGUGCAAAGCGUCGAAGGAGAUGUGAGUUCUCUUGUUGUUUUAGCUCAUAUAUAAGUUUGGUAAGCUUGGUAUUAGUUUUUAGAAUAGUGUUUAAAGAUAUUCAUGUUGUUUGCUUUCAGUCACAGCGUAUAACGGAUUUAAGUUGGGAGCUGCGAGUAUAUUGCUUUAUUGGUUGCUUCGUUUUAUCCAUGGUCUGCAGUUUGUUGGUAAGUUUUUAAUAAUUUUAUUAUUUGGUGUUUAGAUGGGAUGUAGUAGAAGAAUAUACUCUAAUUAUACGACAAUAUGCUUGUAGAGAAGGUUGUGAACAAGUUGAAAUACUCUGAUUUUGUUGAAGAAUAGUGAAUAAUGUUCGUUUUCAGGGUUCUCCGUUCGUUUUUGCUGGAAAAUUGACCGAAUUUGCUGUGAUGGUAUCUUUGGGUAGUAUGAUUUCCAUAGGAGGGUCAGUUUAUCCGUUUUAUUAUCUAUUUACAACUAUUCAGAUAUAAAUAUACGACAUCUGAUGUUUUAUAUAAUUUUAAAAGUAAAUCUUCAAAUUUAGGGCGUUGAAUGCCAUUUUUAGUUGUCAUAACCUAUACUUUAACAAAUAUAGCCCUAUAAAAUUCAUAUUUCAGGACCUUCUUUCUGUCAGGACCUCUAAACCAGCUCAAGAAGAUGUUUGAGCCAACCAGGCUUGUGGCUACCUUAAUAUACAUCUUGAUGAUCAUCCUUACUUUGAUUACGGGACUACUGUUAAGGAAUGGUGUUCUAGCCGUUAUCUGUAUAUUGGGACAGUAUUUGAGUAUGGGUUGGUACUCGUUGUCAUAUAUACCAUACGCCAGGGAGGUUCUUUGGUCAUUCUUCAACAGAUGCUUUUAA